ACUUCCUGUAGGGACUGAAAACCAAGUGAGGAGAAGAAGGAUUGCAUCGUACUACACCAGAGAAUACAGAGAGGAUAGACAUCGCAGAUAGAUACUGAUUAUCACCCAAGGAACAACUGCACAACUGUGGGAAGACAUCCAGACCCUUCACAGCAUUGCUCAACACAGAGAAGGUUGGGCAGUGAAACCAUCAUCUGGAAAUCGUUCGGGUCAAGGGAGGUUUGACAGAUCAUCAGAUCUGAAACUGGUCAGUGGUGUGGAACCUUCCAUCAGAACCAACCUUUCCGAAGGUUUGGCUGUGGGUGAUCAGUCAGCGUGAGGCUGGGAAGAAGUGUGAGUGGCUCCAAGUGUGGUGAGAGCUUCAAUCAUUCAUUGAGCCCCUUGAACCACUGACUCACAUGGAAGAUAAACAACUCAAACAAGAGGUCUGCGACCAAGUGUACACACAGUCAUCGAUAUUGGUGAAUGAUCAAAGCAUCCACACUGGGGCGAAAACGGUAAUGUGUGAGGUUUGUGAGAAGACUUUCCCUCGAUCCUGUGAUCUCCUGAAGCACCAGAGGAUCCACACAGGUGAGAAACCAUUCAAGUGUGAGGUGUGUGACCAAGCAUUCACACUGUCAUCGACGCUCGUGAAUCACCGACGCAUUCAUACUGGGGAGAAGCCCUUCAAGUGUGAGGUGUGCAAUGAGGGCUUUGCACAAUCAUCAACCCUGUUGUAUCACAAGCGCAUUCACACAGGGGAGAAACCGUUCACAUGCGAAGUGUGCAACAAAUCAUUCUCCCACUCGUCUUCCUUCCGAAAACAUCAACGCAUUCACACAGGGGAGAGGCCAUUUAAGUGUGAGGUAUGUGACAAAGCCUUCACAAGUUCAACAUCCUUCCUGAUGCACCAGAGGAAUCACACAGCAGAGAAACCUUUCAGGUGUGAGGUCUGUGAGAUGGCCUUCGCCCAAUCCUCUGAUCUCCUGAGGCACCAGAGGACCCACACAGGUGAGAAACCUUUCAAGUGUGAGUUUUGCGACCGAGCCUUCACACGGUCAUCAACGCUUGUGCGACACCGACGCACUCACACUGGGGAGAAGCCAUUCAUGUGUGAGGUUUGUGAGAUGGCUUUCACCCAAUCGUCUGAACUCCUGAUGCACCAGAGGAUCCACACAGGGCAGAAACCCUUCAAGUGUGAGGUGUGUGACCAAGCUUUCACACGGUCAGCGACGCUUGUGAAUCACCGACGCAUUCACACAGGGGAGAAACCAUUCAAAUGUGAGGUGUGUGACCAAGCCUUUGCACGGUCAUCAACACUCGUGAAUCACCGACGCAUUCACACAGGAGAGAAGCCAUUCAUUUGUGAGCUGUGUAAUGAGGGCUUUGCACAAUCAUUGGCUCUGCUGAACCACCAGCGCAUUCACACAGGAGAAACCAUUCAGGUGUGAGACGUGUGACAAAUCAUUCUGAGUCAUCGACCCUCUAUUUACACUUUCACACAAGUGAGAAUCCAUUCAAUUGUUAGGUGUGCAACAAAGCUUUCACAAUGUCUUGUUCCUCCUGCUCCACCAGAAGAUGCACACUUGGGAGUAACCCUUUAAGAUGAGGUUUGCAAUAAAUCUUUUGUGACAUCUUCGAUCCUCCUGGGACACCAGUGAGUUCACACUGUGGAUAAACUGUUCAUGUGCAAUGUUUGUGAAACGGCUUUCACUCACACCUCCAAUCUCCUGAAGCACCAUCGGGCUCACACCAGUGAGAAACCAUUCAGGUGUGAGGUGUGUGACAAGGCUUUCACACAGUUAACGUUUCUCCUGGUCCAUCAACACGCUCAUAUAGGGAAGAAACCCAUCAGUUUUAGUUCUGUAAUAAAGCCUUAACCCAGUUUUUGGACCUCCUGGAACAUCAGCGAACCUACACUGGAGACAAACCAUUCCAGUGUGGCAUGUGGCAGGACUGUUUCAUUGACUCCUCCUCUCUUGCCGUUCACCGACAUCUCCAUAUGGACUUGGAGCUGGGUCACCUACUUCCAUUGCACUGAAGUUGUCUAUCUUGUUUACUCUUUACUGCCUGCACAGGGAAGCUGUCAUUCCAAAGCACUGUCUGACUCACCAGUGUCUGUUUGGAACCUCUCCCACCAUUAGUCCAAUUGGUUCAAGAAGGCCAAUUUAACUUUUCACCAGAUCACCAAACAUCCCGAAAAGUAUCAGUAUACCCAAUAUGUCCCGUAAGCCCACUGGGAGAUCGCGAUCCAUAGGUUGGGCACCGCUGUUGUAAGGGACUGAAAACCAAGAGGGUUCACAUGAGUGAAGGAGAACAGCUUAUACGGUUUAUAUCCCGUAAUAUCCACACAAAUGUUCAGGACUGAAUAUCCAGUGGGCGAAGGAGCAGAUUUUAUACCAAUUUUUAAAAAAUUAAUUCUCAGGAUGUUGGUGUCACUGGCUAGGCCAGCCUUUAUUGCCCAUCCCUAACUGCUGUUGAGGAGAUGGUGCUGAGCUGCCUUCUUGAACUGCUGUAG